AUGUACUCUUCCACAUCCAGCCGUCAUCCACAUAUUUAUACUGCAAGCCACAUGUCUAGUCUCAAUGUGAAUAGUGUGUCUGCUAGUGAUCCUUACCAUUGGGAUCAGCCAAUGCAUGCCCACAAUCAAGACCGAAUGACCCUUAGUGACCAUUCAGAUGAAUCUCCCUGGUAUUCAGAUGCCGUACUUUGCCAACCAGAACAAUCAAAAAGAUUGCACAAUAACAAUCAAAUCAGCAUAGAUCAGUCCAAUAAUAGCAUCAGCCAUAAAUCACUGAAUUCUCAUCAGCCAUCUCUUGUUUAUUCCUCCCUUCAUCACAGUGCGGGUCCCAGAGCUGUAAUUCCAUCUAAAAGAGCGGCUCAGAACAGAGCUGCUCAGCGUGCGUUCCGUCAACGCAAAGAGCGCUAUGUUAAAGAUUUAGAGAGGAAGGCCAAGCUUAUGGAUGAAUGGAAAGCUGAAAUGGACCUGUUGCGCCAGCAAAAUAAAGAGUUAAGAGAGUGCAACAUGAAUCUAGAAAAGCAAAUUCACCAACAACAGCAACAAUCACCCUCUACUGUGAACCAAACAAAGCUGAUUUCACCUAUUCAUUCACCCAAUCUAUCAGCUGAGGUCGUUCCUGCUCCCGUUGUCGUAGUUAUGGACCAGCCUACCCUCAAUUCAACGAGAAGAAGAAUUAAGCAAGAGCCACUCACCACACAAGACAAGUAUCAAACCUCAUUUGUGCCUGUAAAUCUUCGUGCUCCAGAUCAAACCAGCUUCAUUGGCUCGCCUACUACCUCUUGCUCCUCAUCUUCCUCAUCUUCCUCAAUAAAUGGGUUGGAAGACAUGUCAUUGCAAGCACCAACACUGUACCAUUCAAGUCAAAUCCCUUGGACAACACCUGCUCCCAAUGAUUUUGACCAUCGCUACGAUGCAAAUCUACAUUUUAUGUCUGGUGAACAAGCCUUGGAUGAUCUUUUUGUUAUUUUACAAACACGUCAGAGACCUGAAAUCUCACACAACUAUGCCAACAACAGCCCCACCACCAUAAGCUAUGCAAUGAAUGAACAAAGAUUGCCGACGCAGGAACAUGACCAGAACGAUAGCACGAUGUUGGCAACAAGUUAUUAA